AAAAAACUGUCAAAAGUGUCAGAGCUACUUGCUGUUUGUACUUGAUAUUGUUAAUAAAAUCUAAAAUAAACUAGAAAAUAAACACAAAUUAUGGAUUUUGAAAGUCCCGAUGUAGAAAAAGACUUUCCUGGACUUUAUGCCUCUGAAUCUGGACGUAAAAGUAAUGAAAGUGACUUCAGUGAAGGUGAACAUGAAAAGCCUAGCAAGAAGGAUCUCCUUGGACGACGCAAGGACAAGAAAGAGAAGAAAGACAGGGGAUAUGCUGCCUUAGAAGGAGAGAGUUCUCCCGAAGAAGACACGGAUACAAAAAGUCCGUCAAAGUCGAAAAAGACGAAGUCCUUCAAAUUCCCAACGAAAAGUAAGGAGAAACGGGAAAAGUCGCGGGACAAAGAGAAGGUUUUAGAAGAUGCGGCCAAGCAGAAAGAAAUGAGCGACAAGAAGAAGGAAAAGGAGAGGGAGAAGGAAAAGAAAGAGAAGGAGAAGCGUGAGAAACUGAAAGAAAAAGAUAAGGAAAAGGAGGAAAAAGCAAAAUUCAAAUUAGAAUCGAAAGAGAAGCUUAAAGAUGAAAAGAAAGAAAAGGUAAAAGAUAAAGAUAAGGACAAAGUGAAAGAUAAGGAAAAGGAAAAAGUUAAGGAAAAAGACAAAGAUAAGAAAGACAAGAAGCUAACGAAAGUUCCAUCCACAGUGACUUCUGGCGUACCUUUCGAAGAAAUAUUUACUCUUGGAGUGGCGCUACCAAUCUUCGGCGUUCCUCUACAGAAGUCUGUGGAAAGGUCACGAUGUCACGACGACACUGGUCUACCUCUUCUAGUGAGAGACAGCAUUGAUUAUUUACAGGCCCACGGUUUGAAGUCCAACCAGAUUUACCGCGUGGAUGCUGACAAAAUCAAGCUGCAGCAACUACGGAAACUUUACACUGAUCGAGAUGCAACCUUCCCCUAUCACUGGGAUGUGCCCGUCGCCUGUGCUAUACUUAAAAGUUUUAUCAGUGAACUGCCAGAGUCGAUAUUAACCCAGGAGCUACACGGGCAGUUUGAACAGGCAACGGCCAUCGCGGAGCCGCAACGAGAAUCCACGAUGAUAGGGCUGGUGGCCAAACUGCCGGCCUGCAACCACAGCUUGCUCAGCUGGCUCAUGAGGCACUUCGAGAACGUCGUCGCUAAUGAACAGGUGAACCAUGCGAGUAUUCAGACGAUAGCCACUGCGAUGGGCCCUGCACUGAAUAUGUCUCUCAACCUGCUCACCUACUUCAUCACCAAGGCCGACAAGCUGUUCCCAGAUGCCCAACUCGCAAAAUACGUCCCGCCUCUGCUGACGCUGCCGUCGGAGUUCCCAGAGUCGGCUCAGGAGAUCAGCACGGAGCUUCGCAAGCAGGAGUCCCUGCUGAGUCAGAUCCACGCGGAGAUGCACGCGGGUUUCAUAACGGAGGCGCGCGACCACCAGCUGUGGGAAGCGCAGCGCAUUGUCACGCAACUCAAGAGGAAACUUCGUUCCGUGCAAAAGUCUGUCGAACCAAGUAAUGCAUUGCCGCAACAACCGUCAGUCGACGACAAACCACCAGAAGAGGAGCGCAAGAGACGACCGUCACAACCUGAAGACACCCCGCCUGCUGCACCUCCACAACCUGAACCGGAGGAGGCUACACCGCCAUCAACAGCAGCAGCGACAGCAGACGCGUUCCAAGACACCAAAGAAUCUCCGCAGGCCGGCACUGAGCCAGUCUUCGAAGCAGAAUUUGAAGACAAUUUUGAUUUCAAGCCAGAGAACGAACAAUCUCCCGCCGAAACCGAAUCUCCUAACGAACCCGCGAAAGACAAACCCAAAUUCACAGAAAAAGAACUUAAAGUCCUUCGACUAGAAUUAGAAAAUGCAGAAUAUUUACAACUAAAGUCGUUACUUCAGGCGAAAAUCAACUCCGAGCAAUUUGAAAUUGUCAAACUGAGGAGUCACGUCGCCUUGAAAAACAAGCAGGAAGGUUCCCUACUAAACUGUAAGGAGCCUAGAGAAUAUUCCCCAGAAGAGCAAGAGUUGAGGCAAAGACUGAUGAAGGAGAACACCAUGUUGGAACAAAAAAGACUGAAUUUGAUCAAUCAGAUAUUCCAAGAGCGAGUCGCAUGUAUACAACUGAAAAUUGAACUGGCGUUGAAAGAAAUACUUUCUAAAUCUUAAUUGUUUUUGUUAUGUGCGUUAUUUAUUGUUGUUGACUUUAGAUUUAAUGACGAUUAGAGAAGAAUUCUCAUUAUUUUCGAGUUAGUGAAUUGUGAAAAUGUCAAAAUUAUGUUAGCACGCCAUUAGGUACGGUGGUUGGACACGCAAGUCAUUCUAGAUAAAAGCAACAUAUUUGAAAUUCUGGAUGCUAAAUUAAAAUGAUAGCGGAAAAGUGAGCGUGUUCUACUACUAUUUGAGUAUACAAAAUGUACAAGUUAUUUAUGGUCAUAAAUUAGAAAAUAAUUCACUUCUGUAAAAAAGCAGAGGCAUAUUUAUUGGAUUUUAUUACUUAACUAAAAUUGAAGUUGACAAUGCAUUCAAAUUAUGUUAUUUCGUAUUUUAUUGCACUGUGUAAAAUGUGUAAUUUUAAUUAUAUUUUCGUAUCUUUAAAAUAGUUUAGUAAAUUAAUUUAAGACGGAAAUGAGGUUUCUGGAUUACAGUUAAUGUAUAAGUACGGCUAACACAAUAUUCCACUUAAAUAUACGCAACUAUUUAGCAGCAUUUACUGAUAUGUGAGGAGCACGGUUUCUCUGGAAUAGAUGAACUACGUUGAUGGAAGAACGAGUUUUGAUUUUUAGUACAUGCUGCUGUAUUGUUACUUAAAGAGCUCCACAUGUAACUUAAAUCGCAUUGUAAGGUGUAACAUAGUCUCAAUAAUUGUGAUCUUAAAUAUUUUAUCAUCUUAAGCGUAUCACAAAUGGAAACUAUCAAUAAAAACGUUUUAUGAAA